UAAUAACUAUGCACUAGAUUUAUGCUGGUACCUGGUAUGCAUCUCCCCCCAAAAUACACAUAUUGACCUACCUACUUAGCCACGAAAGAUGGGCAAGCUAACCAUCAUCAAACACGUCCGCGUCUUCGACGGUGAGACGGUCAGCGGGCCCAAGACGGCCGUUAUCGACGGAUCACGCAUCGGCGAUGAUUCGCUGGCAGACGACCCGGAUCCGUCGGCCGUCACCGUCAUAGACGGCACCGGGUGCACGUUGCUGCCGGGCCUCAUCGACUGCCACGUCCACAUCCGCGAUGCCGCGCAGCUGGCUUCGUGUGCCUCGUUCGGGGUCACGACUGUUCUUGAUAUGGGGUGCAUACCACCGGAAAAGUCGGUUGAGCUUCGCGCAGCAAGGGGCCCGACGACUUGGUUGGGUGUGAAUCUCCCAGCAUACGAGGAGAACUCCAGGCACGGCAAGCUAUUCAAGCUAUUUGGCGGCGUCACGCCAGAUCACGCGGUCCACAACACAGACGAAGCGGCAAAGUUCGUGCAGGACCGAGUGGACGAAGGCGUGGAUUACAUCAAGAUCAUCGCGGACGUCCCAGGUCACGAGCAAGCUGUCUUAGACAGGAUCCAGGCCGAGGCUGAGAAACACGGGAAGCUGACAGUCGCCCAUACCGCGCAGUAUGCGGCGUUCGAGCGCAGCCUGCGGGCAGGGUUCGACGUCUUGACGCACGUGCCGAUGGACAAGGCCGUCGACGAGACGAUCACAGAGAGGAUGCGGGAGCAGAAGACCGUCGCGGUGCCGACGCUGUCGAUGAUGGAAGGCAUGACCAACAGCUGGGUCCUGUGGGGGAUCAGCUGGCUGACGCUGUCGGCCGAGCGCAACCGCAGCUUCGAGGCGGCGCUGCAGAGCGUGGCGGGGAUGCGCGAGGCGGGCGUCCCCAUCCUCGCGGGCACGGACGCGAACAACAGCGGGAUCAUGACGAUCGCGGCCGGAAAAUCGUUGCACCACGAGCUGGAGCUGCUGGUGCGCGCCGGGUCAACCGCGUUGGAGGCGCUGCGGGCAGCCACCUCCUUGGCGGCGCAUCAUUUCAGCCUGCAGGACCGGGGUCGCGUGGCGCCUGGUUGGCGAGCCGAUCUGGUUCUCGUCGGCGGUAAGCCGGACGAGGAUAUCACGGUCACACAGCAGAUAUUAAGGGUUUGGAGCGCUGGCGAAGAGGUUCCGGUAACUGCGGUAACACGGGAAACAGGCUGUGCGGUGAUGUGAGGAUUUACAUUUGAGGUACUCUACCCUAGGUUAGGUAGGUACUAUAACUAUGUACUAAUAGACUAGGUAGUAGGUAGGCUACUACUAUGUAACUAGUUACAUGUAUGUAUUAUGUACGUGGCCGUAUUACCACGUAUUAAAUUCAAUGUUGUACAAAGUUAAUUGCCCACAUAGGGUAGGUAGCAAUUUCUGCAAGGGUCAGGACUGGGUUGCUUCAAAUGUUCUUGCUCACUUUUCAUUUUGGA